AUGACAGGAAGGCCAGGACAUUUAGACCCAGGUCAAGAACAUCAAUUGAAAAAGUUUAGACAGGUUAUCGAAGAAAAAGGGAUUUACAACCCCGAAAGACAUGAUGAAGCAUGUUUGUGUCGUUUCCUUCGUGCAAGAAAGUGGGACUUUGAUGCCUCUUUGGCCAUGUUCGAAGCAAGUGAACAGUGGAGAAAAGAAUUCAAAGUUGAUGAGCUAUACCACAACUUUGAAUACCCUGAAAAGGAAAAGGUAGACGAAAUCUACCCACAAUAUUACCACAAGACAGACAAUGAAGGUAGACCGGUAUACAUUGAACAAUUGGGAAAAUUGGACUUGAAAGCUCUUUAUCAAGUCACAACACCUGAAAGACAAUUGCAGAAACUGGUAGUAGAAUAUGAAAAGUUCCAACGGGAGCGAUUACCAGUUUGCUCUCAUGAUCGAGGAGAAUUGGUGGAGACCAGUUGUACGAUCAUGGAUUUGAAGAACGUUGGUAUUAGUCAAUUCUGGAAGGUGUCUGGUUACGUUCAACAAGCCAGUAACAUUGGUCAGCAUUAUUAUCCUGAGACUAUGGGUAAAUUCUACAUCAUCAAUUCACCAUACAUCUUUACAACCGUUUGGUCCGUCAUCAAAGGUUGGCUCGAUUCCGUCACAGUGGAAAAGAUUAAGAUCUUGGGAUCCGGAUUCGAAAAAGAAUUGAUGGAACAAAUUCCACCUGAGAACCUUCCUCAUACUUUGGGCGGUAAAUGUGAUUGCCCUAACGGAGGAUGCUCUUUAUCCGACGCUGGUCCAUGGAACACUGAAGAGGGUAAAAAGAUUAUCGAUGACGUACGCAAAGAAGAGGCAAAGAAGCGUGAGACCCACGAGAAAGAAGCAAGUGAAUCAAAGAUCAAUGGGAAAAAGUGA